ACAAAGAAAAAAAUGGAUCAAAGUUUGUACCGCACGUGCUUGGUUAUUUUGUCGGUAAUGGGGAUGAUCGGAACAUCAUCUGCGGCAUAUGCUGGGAGUCCGUGGCGUCGUGCUUCAGCCACCUUCUACGGGGACGAAACCGCCCGCGAAACCAUGGGUGGGGCUUGUGGCUAUGGCAACCUAUGGGACAGCGGCUAUGGUGCGGCCACGUCGGCACUAAGUACAGUGCUGUUCAACGACGUUUACUCGUGGGGUCAGUGUUUCCAAAUAAGAUGUGUGUCGUCGCCUAACUGCUACUACGGUUCACCAGCCACCGUGGUGACUGCGACCAACAUAUGUCCACCGAAUUGGGGUCAAAACUCCAACAACGGUGGGUGGUGUAAUCCGCCACGUGCCCAUUUUGAUCUGACUAAACCGGCUUUCAUGAAAAUCGCAAAUUGGAAGGCUGGUAUCAUCCCUGUCUCAUACCGAAGGUAAGAUAAACAAAACCACCAGGAGUUUGCGACAUGUAUAUUACGUGGACUAAGUUACUCUGUAUGUCUUAAAUAUUUCAAUUUCCUAAUUUUUGCCGAGAUGUGUGUGAUAAAGGACCAAAACGUUUUAAG